AUGGCUGACGCUUCGUCUUGUGGAUCAACUAUUCUCUUUUCCAAGUAUGGAGGCUCCGUGGCUGCGAUGUAUGCCGGUGCAGAUGUUUUGCACAGCAGUGUCAGCGAGAGGCUCGAGCAGUUUGGCCUAGUACGUCUUACGUUGGGUCCCGAUGAAGUUGAAUCUGGAGCUCAGACUGCUCAGAUAUGCGAUGCACACUCGCAGCAGGCCAGGACAAUUGGCCUGUUCAUGGCCAGUUCCGUCGACAAGCUUUCUGACGCACAGCGUGUCCUCCGCACCUGGGCUAGUGGCGAAUGCGUCGCUCUUGCCAAUUCAAAAACAGUGAUGACCAGCAUAACCGGUUUGAGUGCCUCUGAGGCUAGCAAGAGAUCAUAUAUCACGUCUUUCCUUUCAAACCCGCUCGCGGCCCGCGCCACCUGCAGGACUAUCCAAGUUGCUCAAGGCGAUGGCUGCGGCUCACUCGCUAGCCGCUGCGGCAUAUCGGCCGCCAACUUCAACAAAUACAACAAUCAGAAGGGCUUGUGCGCUAAUCUGAAGCCAAAGCAGCAUGUUUGCUGCUCGUCGGGCUCCCUACCAGAUCUGCGGCCGAAGCCUCAAACAGAUGGCACAUGCGCCACCUAUACAGUCAAAGACAACGACAACUGCGAUGACCUUGCUGUGCAAUUCGGUCUCACCAAGAAGGAAAUCGAAGGCUUUAACAAAGCUACAUGGGGCUGGGCUGGCUGCGCCCUGAAGAGGGAUCAAGUUAUCUGCUUGAGCAAAGGAAAUACUCCCAUGCCGUCUGCAAUCAGCAAUGCUGUCUGCGGACCGCAGAAGCCUGGAACGAAGAAGCCAGCAGGAGACUUCACGGGGUUUGACCUGCUAAAGCUGAACCCUUGCCCGCUAAACGCCUGUUGCUCUGGCUGGGGAUUCUGCGGGACAACAGAGGGGUUUUGUACCAAGUCUCCUGCGGAUUCCGGCGCCCCCGGGGCUUUCAAGGCAGGUAAGAAUGGGUGUAUUUCCAACUGCGGAAUGGAGAUCAAGAACAAUGACAAAAAGCCGAAGACAUUCCGCCGGGUCGCCUACUACGAAGCAUUCAACAUGAACCGUGACUGUCUGAACAUGGAUGUUAGAGAAAUCGACGAUGACGAACUGACCCAUAUCCACUUCGCCUUUGCCGGUCUUAGUAAAGAUUUCGAUAUCACCUUCGAUGAGGCCUUCGAGGACCAGUUCGAUGCCUUUGCGAAAAUGGAUGUUUCGUGGAAGAAAAUCCUCUCGUUUGGCGGCUGGGCUGAAUCGACCGAAGCAUCAACAUUCCAGCGCUACAAAGACGUUGUCAAGCCAGAGAAUCGUGAAGUAUUCGCCAACAAGGUUGCUGCGUUUGCGAAAAAGCACAAUCUUGACGGCGUUGACUUUGACUGGGAGUAUCCGGGCGCCACUGAUAUUCCCGGUGUCCCGGGUGGCCAGGGGGAGACGGACAACUACCUUGGAUUUUUGAAAGUCAUGAAGGAGAAGCUGGGAGACAGGUCCUUGUCUAUUGCAUUGCCAGCAUCAUACUGGUAUCUCAAGCCGUUCCCCGUUGAGAAGAUGGCGAAGUACCUCGACUACUUCAUUUACAUGACAUAUGACCUGCACGGCCAAUGGGACUACGGCAAUCAAUACUCGAACCCUGGGUGCCCCGGCGGAAACUGCCUUCGCUCCCACGUCAACAAGACCGAAACGCACAAUGCCCUAGCGAUGAUCACCAAAGCCAACGUACCAGCUAGCCAGGUCGUCGUGGGUGUUUCAAGUUAUGGUCGUAGUUUCGGCAUGGCAGACCCCAGCUGCACCGGGUCAAUGUGCAAAUUUACCGGCUCCUUUACUAAGUCCACAGCACAGCCUGGCGAUUGCACCAAUACCGGCGGGUAUAUUUCCAACGCAGAGCUCCUUCUCCUAAGUGAUAACGCAAUACUCGGAUAUGAUGGGUACCACGCUAAAUCAUGGCAUGAUGACAAGUCAGACUCGGAUAUCAUGGUUUACGGCAAGGAUGAAGACGCGCAUAGCUGGGUGGCGUACAUGAGCGACAAUACUAAAGCCGGCCGCAUCGAGUGGGUUAAAAACCUCAAUUUCGGCGGUGUUUCUGACUGGGCUAUCGACCUGGGCGAUUGGUAUAAUGGCGUGGAUCCGGAUGACGAGGACUCAACUGCCUUGUUGGCAGGUGGUAGGACUUUCGACGGUUGCUCAUCGGACGAUUGGCCGGAUACCCUUGACGAACUGAAUGACAAUCUGGACAAGAUUGCCGUGGAGUGUCAGACUCAGGCCGUCGUCCACGUGCUGCUCCUUCAGGUCAAUGAAGCAGUAAAAAGCUAUCAAGAGGUUUCUUCCGGUGACUAUGAUGACAAGUUUAAAUACUACGCUAAAUGGGUCAAAGACGGAAUAAACGAGUCUCUAGACAGAUUCAUGCACGGGAAUGGCUCCAAAUACAUGGACUGCGAGUGGUGGGGCGCUGGCCCAUCCGGCUCUGGGCCAUGCACCGAAAGGAGGCGCGGGUCAGACAGCGGAGUGCAGUAUGUGACAUGGAAGAUGCGCGAGGAGGACAAGUUCUACAAGGCUCUGAAUGAAGAAUACGGCAUCCAGAAGGACUGGAUUAAAUGGGUGGAUUCGGACGAGAAGCUACAGCCCUGCACUUGCCCAAACGGUGGCAAAGAUUGUCUCAUGUGCAAGCCUCAUCAUAAUAAAUUCGGCGAGCUGAACUACAAUUAUCCUCGGCGCAAGGAUGAGGAUGAGAUCGAUGUACCGAACCCCAAGAGUGUCAUCGAUGCGUCCGUCCCGAAUAUCACCUCCCUCUCGAACACGAUGCUGUCCAGCUACUUCGAUAUGCGUACGUUCACUCUCGACGCAGACUACGGGGAUGUCGCAACCUCAUUCAGUAUGCCGGUCUUUAUGCUGGAGGAAGCAACAGAGCAAAUGGAGGCAAUAAAGAAAAUCGGUGCCGAAGUCAAAGAGGCCGAGAAGAAGGAGCUCAUCAUGGGCAUUCUCACGAUCGUCUUCAUGGUCAUCCCGUUCGCUGGCGAGGCAACCGCCGCCUUGGGUGGUGCAGCUGCAAUUGCACGCAUUGGAUUUAUUAUUGGCGAGGCCGGGAACGCGGCCCUUACCAUUGCAGAUAUCGUUGACGACCCGUCGUCUGCUCCAUUGGCGAUUGCUGGCUUGCUUAUUGGGGCGGGAGCUGCUGGACGGCCGACGAGGAAGAUCUUCAAGGAGGCUGCUGAUGCACGUAGGGGGAUGCCCGCUGGUACAUUGAAGCUUUUCAGUCAGUCGUUCCAGCGUAAGGAUGGUAUUGUGCAAAACAUUGUUAGAAAGUGUGCUGCCUAA